GAGGUCUAUCACGAGCCGCUGGCGCGGCGCUACUACGCGUCGCGCUUCUCCUGCGCCUACUUCUUCUUCCUCCUCGUCGGGCUCGUGGCCAUCGUCGUGCCCUUCUUCCUCGCCUACACGAACGUGCCCUCGUUCUGGCUGAAGACGAACACGUACCGCGAGCAGCCCAAGGUCGCCUUCCAGUACAAGGUGCUGGGGAACCUCCAGGGCGUCGACGCCGACGGCCGGAAUUUCCAGAUCGUCUUCUCGUCCAUGGCCGACGUCGAGAACCUCUACAGCGGCGAGCUCCGCGUGCCGACGCUGCGGUCCAUCGAGCUCGACCUCAACCGCGACGGCAUGGCGGACCAGUUCCACCUCACGGCGCUGAUCCCGCUGCGGAAGGGCGAGCGCGUCCUCCACGCGGACCUCGUCACCUUCUACGACGUCAAGCUCCGGCGCCGCGCGCGCGUCCACAUGGACGCGCUCGCGUACUCGUCCGGCGGCGGCGGCGGCAUGGCGGGCAAGGCGCUCUACGUCGACGGCGACGUGGGCCUGCGCCAGCGCUGGCCCUUCCGCGCCAAGGGCGGCUACUACCUGCCCUACACGAAGUACCCGCUCCUCGACCCCACGGACCACGAGCUCACGCUCGAGGAGACGCUCAUGCCGAACAUCUUCUACGGCUACCGCAACCGGAACAACACCAUGGACUACCACGAGCUCUACAAGGUCUGGUCGCCGGCGCCGCCGCCCAUCGACGGGCCCUUCGGCGUCCGCGAGGAGUUCAACUUCACGAUGGUCAUGCGCAUCCCGGAGAUGGAGAUCCUGUACACGCCGACGGCGAGCGAGGUGCUCAAGGACGCGUGGAUCAAGUACCUCGCCCUCUUUGUGGUUGUCAAGUACCUCCUCGAAAAGCUCUGCGCCUUCGUCUUCUACAACCAGCUCGUCGACACG